GGCGUCCCCGUGUUACUUCCGUCCGCGUUCCUCGAUACAGAGUCAGAUUGCAAAGGAAUUUAACGCUCGAUGGAAUCCCGCCUUGACUCUGACCAUCUCCUGCUUGCUUCCUUGCCCAGACGAAUCCCGGCCAGCACUAAAUUUAUUCGGGCCCUUUCUUGGUUGCCGCUAGAGUUUUGUCGCGAUCUCGACAAGUGAGAUGUUAUCUUUGCGCAAAGUCCGGAUGUUCAUCUGGGGUGAUAUCCCGGAGACGAAGGCAGAGAGGACAUUGCUCCUCAAGAUCGACUGGUUUAUUCUGUCGUAUUGCUGUCUUAUGUAUUUCACCAAUUAUCUCGAUCGGAGUAACGUAGCAAAUGCAUAUGUUUCUGGCAUGAAAGAGGAGCUUCACAUGCACGGAAAUGAGUACAAUAAAAUUAACACCAUUUUCACUUGUGGCUAUAUCGUCGGCAUGAUUCCGAAUAAUCUCAUGCUGCAAGUGGUUUCCCCGCGUAUCUGGUUGCCGACUAUGCAGAUUGUAUGGGGCGUCUUGACGUUCUGCUCAAGUGCUGUAAAGACCGUCCACCACCUUUAUGCGAUCCGCUUCUUCCAAGGCGUUACCGAGGCAUCCACGUUCGUUGGCACGCAUUAUAUUCUUGGAUCGUGGUACAAAACGGGCGAGCUAGGGAAGCGCUCCGGCAUAUUCACUAGUUCAGGUCUUAUCGGCACAUUGUUCUCCGGCGUACUGCAAGCUGCAGUGUACCAGCAUCUCAACGGCGCAGAUGGCCGGAGCGGCUGGCGUUGGUUGUUCAUCAUCGACGGCGUGAUCACCCUGCCUAUUGCGCUCUACGGAUUUCUCGUCUUCCCGGACGUCCCUGCCACCACACAAGCAUUCUAUCUCACCGAAGAGGAACGCCAACUCGCUUGCACGCGCCUCGAACUGAGCAAAAUCACUAGUUCAUUCGACUCAGCAUCGGUUUCGGAGAGUACUCGCAGAGUUGGCGCACACGGACGCCCAACAUGGGACCUCGCAAAGAGGGUGCUAAGCCGCUGGCGGUGGUAUGGAUGCAGUCUCCUCUUCGCUGUAUCGGGAGAGACCGAAAGCUUCGGCUCCAACAACCUCAUGGGCCAGUGGCUCGCGGCGGUCGGGGGAUACUCCGUCGAGGAGAUCGAUUACUAUCCGUGUGGCGUGACCGCGGUGGGCAUCGCGUCGACGCUCGUCUGCGCGACGUGGACAGACGGGACACGCUCGCGCGCGCGGUGGCCUGUGCUGGUGUACAUGUCUCUGGCGGUGAUCGUCGCGAGUAUUUGUUUAUUGGUGUGGAGCAGCGCCACGGGGCUGAAGUUCUUUGCAUAUUAUUUGGCGGGGGCGAGUUAUUCGGGUCAGGCGACGACGUUUGCGUGGGCCAACCAGAUAUGUUACGACGAUGAUCAAGAACGCGCAAUUGUCCUCGCAUCUAUGAAUAUGUGGAACAAUGUCAUCAACGCCUGGUGGCCGCUCAUCUUCUACCCCGCGACGGACGCUCCGCGCUUUCACAAAGGUAUGUGGGCCAUGAUCGGCACGGGCCUCGCGACGCUCCUCGUCACGUUCUUCGUGUGGUACAUGGAGCGCAGGGAGAGGCGGAUGCGCGCUGAACAAAGGGAUGGAGAGCAAGCAAGACAAGAAGGAGCGGGCGAGAAGGGUGAGAAGGAAGACGACGAGAAGAGCGUGAGGGCUCUGGAGAAGGAGGGGUUGUGAGCCGGUAGAUUGUUCAUUGCUGUGGUUCAAGUUGGCCUUCUUGGCUGGGUUCUCAUGUCACUCAUUAAUUGUAGCCAUAGAAACUUGCAACCUUCACCUUGGUUCUGAA